AUGCCGUCCGAUGACGAUUUCUGUUCCCCAAAACCUCCAAUUCCAAUUCCGGCUGCGCCACGACGACCAGAGAAGAAAGGCGAUGUCCAGUCAAUUCCCAUUGUCUCUGUGGCGGGUUCAACACUAUACUCUGAAUUUUGUGGUGUGAAAACUGAAACAGCGUCAGGAUCAGGCAUACAGUCAAGCGAAUGCUGUGCUGUUUGCUCGAAGAACCUUUCACAUCUAAACGACAUCAGA